CCCCAAUUCCACUCUUUCAAUAAAAUUCAAAUUUUUAGUUCUCAUUUCUCAUUUUUCUCAACGCGACGCAUUUUGCUUGCACUCCAAGGUUUCUUUUAUUUGUUUAUUUUCUUAAGAGGGCUGCAAAUAAGUACAUAAAAUUUCCCAUCUUCUUUUUCAAACACAAAAGUUUAAAAAUUUUCAAACCAAAAGAACAAUUAACAGUUAGUUGAAACAUUAGUUUUUGUUAAUUUAAAAACAAAACCACGAAAGAAAAAUAAAGGAAAACUAAACGAAACAAAAAUCGCGAUAAAAAUGAAUGACAUUCAUUGUCUUUCGAAUUUUAUCGAUUAUUCGCCGUCCAUCCAUGAGCCCCUCAAACACAGUAAUCGCAUCAAGUACACAUGCUUUGACAUCUCUGAAAACUACAUAAUCUUCGGAGCAACCUCCGGAUCACUGUAUCUCUUCAACCGUCGUGUCUGUAAAUUCCUUCAUCUCAUCCCGAACAAACAUGGCUCAGUCACCCAUCUGGAGAUCUCCUCGGGCGAGAAGUACGUCGCCUUCUCCACCAAAAAAGGAACCAUCUGUGUGUAUGUCAUCAAUCUGUCUGCGAACUCAGCUCCCCAGGUUAUCUAUGCAGCUCUGGGACCAGAAGUCCAAGUCACCUGCAUUCACUGGACUCUGGACGAGAAGCAGUUCUACUAUGGUGACAAUAGAGGUCAAGUCAAUCUUGUGGUCUUGAAUUCUUUCAUUGGUCGCAGUUUGUUGAGUCUCUCGGUCCAUCCGAUUCUAUUCCUCGAACAACCAGUCGUCCAAAUAGACGACUUCGAAUCUCUGCUGCUGGUCUCCAAUUGGUCCAAGUGCAUCUUAUGUAACACAGAAUUCGAAGAAUACAAACAGAUUGGUAACCGUUUGCGCGAUGGACCAUUUGGUGCUUGCUUUGCCAUGUCCACUAACGAAUCUCUCACACCAUCUCGAAUUUAUUGUGCUCGUCCGGGAUCUCGACUGUGGGAAGUCGAUUUCGAAGGCGAAGUACUUCAAACCCAUCAAUUUAAAGCCGCUCUAGCGUGUCCUCCAAGCAAGAUACAAAAAACCACCGAAUGCGAGACUGAAGCCAUGUUUAAGUAUUCUGAUGAAAACAGUGAGUUGUUAGACUUUCAACCGCAAACUUUAACCUUCACCAAACUGCAAAUGCUGUCGCAAGACUUUUUGCUAACCUACACAGAAUUGGGACUAUACAUCUUCGAUGUACGAACCUCUACAGUUGUGCUAUGGUGCAAUCAAUUCGAGAGAAUAGCUGACUGCAGGGUCUUUGGGCCCGAUGGAGAGAUUGUCAUUUUCACACAAACCGGCUCUAUGUAUAGUGUGAGCUUGUUGACGCUGCAAUCGCACGCCAUGUCACUGGUGCGGUCGGAGAAACUGCUCGAGUGUAGUUUCCUGCUCAAGAAAAAUUUAAAAUAUUUCGCCGAUAAGGCUCGAGAAGACUACGACUUGAUAAUACUCAACCAUAUUAAAAACUUCCUCAUCGAUCAACAGCAGUAUGAGUUGUUGAAUGACCUGUCGGUGAUUUUUGACAGUAUUGCCCAGAAUGAGGGUGAUACGAGUUCGGGAAGUUCAGCGGAACGAAAGAGUGCUAAUAGUGGAGGCGUCUCACAGAGACCAUUUGAAGCCGUGGACCAGAGAGCGCAGGGAGUGUAUGUCCUGGAGAACUCGUUCUGUGACAAUCUCCGGGUAAAGGAGAAGGACCGACACUUCAAGGAUGCCCUGCUUACGGUGACUGGCAAGUUCGGCAAGAACAUCAUCAAAUACAAGUUCAACAUCUUCAACGACGAACAAAAGAGCCUAGUGAGCGACCUGAUUCCACGAAACGAACGUACCCUCCCGUUCCAACACGUGAAAGACAACACCGACGACGAUGUGGUCUGUCGGCGAAAGCUGCCACCCUCGCCACCAAAAGGCCGACACAUAACUGACGAGGAAAAGAUCGUUUACAAUCUGCUCCUGAUUUCCCGCUCAUCGCAGAUCAGUAAUACGAACUUCCUCGAACGCUAUCGACAUCUCUUCGAUGAAUACACCUCCCGCGAGAUCAUUGGAAUCCUGGCCAAGCUGGAAGCUGUGAUGCUCGAGCAUGGCGACACCGAGCUGCAGGCCAAACAAAACUGCUACGAAAUGUACUUCAACUAUCUGAAUCCCGAGCUCAUCUGGGAAGUGGACGACAUAUCAAAGGAGUUCAUAAUUCAGGGAUUCAUCGUCCUCAAUGCCAACCAGGAUGCAGUGCGGUGUGACAAUUGUGGUUUCCCCAUUCGAUUUGACAAUUCCUGUCUGUUUCACGAGCUAGGAGCGGUCCUGAUGAGAUAUCUGUGGUCCCGCAACGAGCAUGGCAGAUGCUUCGAAAUACUCAAAGACGUACCGGCGCUUUUCGAUGUGCUGGCGAAAUUCUAUAUGGCCGAAGGCCAGGUCGAGAAGAUUAUACCCAUAGUAAUGAACUAUGGUCAACCUGAUUUGCUGGAAGAAGCGGGGCGUGGAUUCAAUCUGCAUGCAUGGGAUCGAUGCUUCGACAAAUUUGUGGCAUUGCAGCAGGGUCGCUUGAGUUGCAUCAAUUGCGAACGAAUCACCUUGGUGGAGAAUGUCAAUCGGCACUUCUUCUACACUUGGAAUUGUUUCCUAAACAUAUCUUCAGAGUUUCUCGAGGCCAAGGAAAUCUUGGCAUUAGUCUAUAAGUAUUCCAACAAUAUUCCAAAUGAUGCUAUCGACAGGGAGUUCUUUACAAAGUGUAUGUUAAAAUGAAGAGAGAGCGAGAGAGAAAGAGACAGGGAUUAGAGGAUCCUUUUAAAAAAAGGUCCUUUUUUCUAUUAAUAUAAUUUUUUUGAUUUUCUGUUUUUCUGUUUUGUGUUUUGUGAAAGAGAAAAACAUUACGAUUGAUUGAGAAUUGUUAGUUUGUAAGUUAAAACAAGAACACAUCCAAAACUUAAUAUAUAUAUAUUAUAAUAUAUUAUCAUUCCUAAUACGCUGCUUAAACAAAAUGUUGCUUUACCAUUGCAUAAAUAUAAUAUUAAUUACACUUCAUGCUCUGAAUAUAUUUAUAUUUAUUCAUUAUUAUGUUAAACAUAACCAAAAGAAUGCUGCUAAUACAACUUAACUUAAGGAAAGGAACACAAAUUUAAAAACAAAAAUAGGCAUUCCUCUGUAUUUUAGGUUUCUUUUUUUAUAUCUUGUGUAUUUGCAAAUUGUAUGUAACAAGGAUAAUUAUAUUGUAUGCUCGCGUUGUUUUGUUGAUAUUAUAAAAUAAAAAUAAUACUUUUUUCGAUUGUGAUGCCAAAAAAUAAUUAAACCCAAAUAAAUAAAUAUAUAAUUAUGAUUCUGAUUCCUUAUUCAAGAA